GUUUUCAGGCUGCAUGAAAACCAGGGAAAAUAGGGGAGAUGAAUAUUCAUGUGCCUAAAACUGCAGGAUUGAAUUAGGAUUCUUCCUUGAUUCUUCCACAGCCUGCCCUGUACAGACAUCACAAAUCACUUUAAAAAAACUUGUUUCUUCAUUUAUAACCCAGCAAUUUCUGUCUCACAGAGAGGUGCAAGGUUAGCUGAGGCAAAGCUGAUAAAAUCUAGAGGGAAAGUGCAGUGAAAGCUUCAUUGCACUGCACUGACUGAACUCCCCUGAGUCUGGUGGGGAGUUGGGAUUUGAGCUUUUCCACGAGGGCUCUUCAGGCAGAGCUGGGGGCAGAGGGGCACUGGGUGCCUGUGUUGCUGUAAUUUGGUGCCAAGACUUUAUGGAGCACAAGGAAUGAUUGUGGAAGGCUCUCCUCUUGCAGUGUACUCUGUUUUCCAUAAGCCACUCCAGAUAGCAGUUUUCCAGGAAAUUCAGCUGUGGCAGAGUUGUGGGUCUGUGCCCAGGCUGUUACAGUGAGGCACUGGUGGGAAAGGUGAGCUGUGCUCUAAAUGAUUGUUGGCCUUUGCAAAUGCUGCUGAAAGACGCCCUUGUCAUUUAUUUGUGGGGGAAAUGCGUAAGCAGCAGCUGGCUUUGUCCUUUUUCAGGAUUAAAUUGAUUUGUCACUGGAAUAACACCUCCCCAGGCUAAACUGGUGAAUUAACAGACACACUGAUUACCUCCAGCAAGGGCACAGCUGACACAGGUACUGCAUCUUUUUUAGUGUAAAGCUAAUUUAAUGACAAGAAACACAGGCUGGAAGAAUCUCUGAGCAUCUCUGCCCUACUCCUAAUGAUGAGAUGGAAAAACUCUCCAUAAACUUAGAAAGCAGAACAAAGAGGGGAGUGGGAAGCUAACGGGAACAUGUGUCAUGCUGCCAUGGCAUCAGAGCCUGUGUGCUCUCCAGGCUUUCUUUAAAAAACACUGAGUGAGUUCUGAGUUCAGCUCCAGGGCUGAGGGAAGGGGGGAGGCAGGCUCAGGUCUUCUGGUGAUGCUCAGCAUCAUCACAAUGGCAUUAUCAGUGUUAUCACAUAACCCAGCUGCUCCUUUGCUGCUGCCAUGGCCACAGGCUCUCAUUUGGGAAUCAGGGGUGAUGUUCCUUUCUCUGCCGGGACUUGAUUCCCUUCCCCUUUCUUGUUAUAAUUAUGCUGGAAGCUUGAGGACUUCCAAAACUAGAGGCAUUAAUGUAGCAAUCACCCUUUUCAGCUGAAGAGACCUGUGUCUAAACUGAGAGUUCUUGCUGCCACCUGUUUUCCUGGAGAAGAUGUUAACAGCUGGAAAGCCUUUCAAAAGCCUCUUCUAAUUUUGUGGCUUGUUUUGUCCCCUGCAAUCAGCUGCACACACCUAUGGCUGUGGCUUCCAUUCUUUUUAGCCUUUCUGACCACUGCACAAGGAAACUUUCUGGACCCCAGCAGGUCCUUCAGUGGGACAGAUUAGAAAACAAAACCAGAAUUAAUUUAAAAUCACUGCUUAUGUGUUGCUGCUGACUCACAAUGCCACUACCAUCUUUCUCCUCCCCCCUCACCCAUUCUGGCUUCUGCUUUUCUUAUUUAUCUCUCUUUUUCUUUUCCUUCCCUUUCCUGUCUCAGGGUAUAGCUGAGUAGUUUCCCCUUUUUUCUCAACCCAGUUUUGUUCCUGGAGUUAUCUUUUCUCUAGUCAGAGUACAGAGGGAGGCUGCAUGCAAGACAGGUUUCCUCAGAGCCAGGACACAGGAGGAGAAUCAAGGAAGCUUUUGUGACUGCAGAGGUGAAGACAGGACAACGCUGCUCACUGAUCCCCUCACUGCUGACAUGCUGGAGGAGGAUAACGAUGAGAUCUGCUGGAAUAACCUGGAGAACUUCCGCGUGAAGCUGAUCUCGGUGAUCGAGCCGUCGCGGAUCACGCCGUACCUGCGGCAGUGCAAAGUGCUCAGCCCUGACGAUGAGGAGCAGGUGCUCAAUGACCCCAGCCUGGUCAUGCGCAAGCGGAAGGCAGGUGUUCUCCUGGACAUUCUUCAGAGAACAGGACACAAGGGCUUUGAGGCAUUUAUGGAGAGUCUUGAGCUUUAUUAUCCCCAGCUGUAUAAGAAAAUAACUGGCAAAGAGCCCAGCAGGGUUUUCUCCAUGAUUAUAGACACGGCUGGCGAGUCUGGCCUGAGCCAGGUGCUGAUGAACGAGAUCGUGAAGCUGCAGAGCGCGGUGCAGGAGGAGCGGCGCAAGGCGCAGGAGCUGGCGGGGUGGCUGCACUCCAAGGAGGACACGCUCAGGGAGAUGUGGGUCAGGGACAGCCUGCUCCGCAAGCACCAGGAGCGCGCCCAGAGGAUGAAGGAGGAGAGGGACAGCCUGAGCAAGGAGCUGCGCAAGUGCAAGGACGAGAACUACAGCCUGGCCCUGAGCUACGCCAAGCAGAGCGAGGAGAAGAGCGCGGCCCUCAUGAAGAACAGGGACCUGCUGCUAGAGAUCGAUCAGCUGAAGCACAGCCUCAUGAAGGCUGAGGAUGACUGCAAGCUGGAGAGGAAGCACACCAUGAAGCUGAAACACGCCAUAGAGCAGCGCCCCAGCCACGAGGUGGUGUGGGAGAUCCAGCAGGAGAAGGAGCUGCUCUUGGCCAAGAACCAGGAGCUGGAAAACACUCUCCAGGUAGCCAGGGAGCAGAACUUGGAGAAGAGCCUCUCCAAGGAAACUCUGGAGAAUGACUGCAGCCAGACCGUGGAAGAGCGCCGGGAGCUGGUGAACACCAUUUACAGCCUGCGCAAGGAGCUGCGCCGGGCCAAGGUGCUCCAGGACAAAUUUGCAGAGGAGAAAGAGGUGCUGGAGCUACAGUGCACAUCUCUGAGGAAGGACUCCCAGAUGUACAAAAAGCGGAUUGAGGCUGUCCUGCAGCAGAUGGAGGAAGUAGCUUUGGAGAGAGACCAGGCUCUCCUGACCCGGGAGCAGUUCCACAUGCAGUACUGCAAGAACCUGGUGGAGAGAGACGCCUACCGCAAGCAGAUCCGCGAGCUGGGCGAGAGAUGUGACGAGAUGCAGCUGCAGCUCUUCCAGAAGGAGAGCCAGCUCCUGGCCACGGAGGCCAAGCUGAAAAGGCUGCAGCUGGAGCUGCCCACUCUGACCUCUGACCUGGAUGACUCCUCCUCCAGAGAUUCCCAGGAACUUGUUCUUCACACUAACCUGGAUGAAGAUACACAGACAGCUAAAAAAGAUUGCCUGGAAGUACAAAGCCAGGAACUCAGCCCUCAACAGAGCCAUCUGCCCCCAAAAUCACCAAGUGAGUGUGGCUUGGCCAACGAGGAACUGGCAGAAAAGGAGAGGAGGAGGAUGAAGGACUGCUUUGAGCGUUACCGAAGAAAAAGAGCAAUGAGAAGGGUGCCCAAAGACCAGCACCAUGAGGCGGAUUGGGAGAACACGUCUGGCAGUGACAACACUGACACCGAGGGCUCCUGAGAGAAGGACAACACCAAAAUCCCUUGGAAAGGGACACCAUGGACACCAAAGGCUCCUCAGGCGCCAGUCACUGAGGGAAACACCAGUUUCUGCAGGCUGCCUGUGUCUCUCCGUUUCACUCACAACGGACUGUUUGGAUUCUAAAACCAUCCAAACACCCAUUUAUGAAACGCGCUGCAGUGACACUAUUGUAUGGCUGUGACGGCCCCUCGGUCAAUAAACAGGUUUGAAUGCCAGCAUGUGACACAGGGCCGGGCUGAGCUGCUUAAUUAC